AUGGCUUAACCAUAAAAUGAUAACAAAUCUCCAAAAAGAGAGAAUUCAAACGAAAUACAAGAAACAUUGCAUGACCUUGAUGAUAAAUUUACCAACAGAAACACCUCUAAAGCUUAGACUAUGGUGAAUUUCAAACCUAAUUAAAACGUAUAGCAAGUAUCAAAUUUAAAUUCUUUUUAGAGUUUGAGAAGGUUAAAUACAAUGAGUAAUCUAGGUAAAGGAAAUGCAAACGAUUUUUAAAAUAACCCAAACUUCAACAACUUGAAGUCAAUAAGAGAACAAAUUCUUCAUAGUGAUUUAAAUUUAAGCGAUUUAGGUGAUUAAAGCUAUUAGUGUGUUCAUCAUGGAAAGAGAGAGUAUUUUCAUGAGAAUGGAACUAUUAAGUAAGAAAUAACUGCAUUUGAUCCUAAAUCUAUAAUAAAUUACUAUUGUGAAGACUGUAGAGAAUUUUGUUGUGAAUAUUGUAUCGCACUAGGCCCUCAUAAUAAUGAAUUACACAAGGUAAGCUUUUUAAAAAGCUUUGCUGAAAGAUACUACGAUUUCAUAGAUAAAUUUUUAAGAUCAUCAGCUAAUUAGAAGUGUUCACAACUGUUUAACAAAAUAAAACAAAUGAAUGAGAGAUAAGAUUUGAUAUCUAAUUAAGCACAAGUUAUAGAAAGAGAUGCAUACAUUGAAUUUACUCAUAUACUCGAAAGACUCAAUUUAGCAGAAGGCAAUAAAGUUUCUGUAUUGUAAAAUGAUAUAGCUAGAAUACAAAGAGACAUAAAUUCUAUUGAAGACACAGUUAAGGCUUUUGAAAAUUUAGCAUCAAGAGAAGAUAGACUUCCUUUCUUAUUAUUCUAUAGAUCUUUAAAUUAGCAUGUUAUUGAGGCUUUAUCUUUGCAUGUUAAAUAGGAAAUCACACAAACACCUUAUGAUCUGCCUAGAGAAAUCUCAUCAAUUAAAGUAUAAAUGGAAAAUUUUAAACCAAACGACGAGAUUCUAAAAUUUAAAGAUAUCAUUAUUUGGGACUUAAUAGAAGAAAAAAACAAACAUUUAGAAUCAAUAAGAGUAUAGUAAUCAGAAUCUUAUCAAUCUAAAUUAGAAUUAUGGACAGAAUUGGCAAAAAAAACAUUUGAAGAAUUUGAAUCGAUAUAGCUUAUAUGCCACUAUUGUGGUGAAUUAAUAAAUGAUGAUAUUAUUAAUUAGGAUUGUUUUAAUAACUAGAUUUUUAAAGAUCGUGAUCGUUCAAUUCCAAUCACUGUAUAUUCUGAUGAAGUAAUGGAAAGAGGUAUAUAUGGAUCUAAGAGACAUUUUUGGGUAAAGCCUCGUUUAAGAGAUCGCUAGAUUAAGCUUGGUUAACUCCCUAAUAUCUAAGCAGGAAAGAGAAAAGGAAUAAACAGAUCAGUAGCUUAUUAUAAUUACAUGAAACUUUAUUAGUUGAUGUUUGCACUUAUAAAGAAGAAGAAGGCAGAAAAAGGAGUUGACUUAGAAUAGAUUUUUUAGGGAUAUGACAAAGAAAGAUCAGGAUAUUGCUCAAUUAUACAGUUUUAAUAUGUUCUUAAUACUGUCUUAGAUCUAGAAAUAGAUUAUGUAGAGAGGGCUACAGAAUUUUUAGGAACUACUUAAAAAGAAGUAAACAGAUUAAAUGGUAUUCCUGAUGACGAGCCGUAAGAAGAAAAAAAUUAUGGAGAAAAUCCAUUUGCACCAUCGUUUUUAAUUAGAGAGCCUGUUCCUGAAAAACCAACAUUAGUUAAUUAUAUAGUGUUCUUAAAAAUUAUGUAAAAUCCUGCAUAUUUAGAAUACGAAUCUUUUAAAGUAAUUGACUACGCUCAUAUAAAAUUGCAUGGCUAGAAUUACUUCAUUUAAUUAGAUGAUGAUCUUUAUAAGUAAUGCAGAUUAGAUGGAAAUACAAAAGUAAGCCAAUAAAAUGCAAAAGGGGAUUUUAACUCUACCCUCAGAGGAGGAUAUAAUGCAGGAAAAUUUUCUUCAAGCAGUUAUGGCAGAACAGAUUUCAGCAGCACUUUAAGAAAAUGA